GCAGGAUACUCGAAAGGGAGCAGAAUGUAGGAGAGAAACGCGAUCCAAAGAGAGCAGAGUAUAAAAAAAGGCCAACCUGCGCUUUGGAGAGCAAAGAUCUGAGUGAGUGUGAAAGGCAGGUCCGCUCACUCAAUGCCAACGCAAAUCUAGCAAUAGAUGCACCCCAGUAGUGAUUCAACUGCGGGGAUUUUUUGUCUUUCAGUGGAGAGGUAGUCUCAAAUUCAGUGGAUCAAAAGGGUGAGGAAAAAUAAAUCAGCUGUAAGAAAAAAACAAAGUUUGUUUUGUUUAAACUAGGGGUUACCUUAGUUUAUAGAGGAUCAGGGAUUGUCCUGCACCCUCACACCUUUGCGGGCAUUAGUCAUCAUGCUGACCCUCGGCUUCCUAUUUGUCCUGUGCACUUCUCUGGAGUUGCUGACAGUCAGCUCGCCAGUCCGGGCGACCUCGCAUCGGCGCUACAAGAGGGCUCUGGCUGCCCGCGCCGAGUCCAGUCUCAGCCCCGGAGAGCAGCACUGCUGGCCGGCAGAGAAGGGAGGCUGGGGCCGGCGAUCUGCCGCCACAGCCCAGCUCGCUCACUACCCGUGGGCUGCGGAGCACGGACACCCGGAAGGCUGGAGCUGGGAGAGGAGCAGCGGAUAUCCUGCGGGGAGCAGCCUGUACCUGGGCGGAGAGAGCAGCGCAUAUCCCAGCGAGUGCGGCGGAGCAGCGGCCGCCAGGGGUUUCGGCUACCCCGGCGGAGGCAGCGGCUCGGCGGCGGUAGACAGCACCGGAGGCGGCUUCCCAGCACCUCGGGGGUGGUCGUCGGGACCGGCGGAUUGCGACCCCUCCGUUGUCACGGCUGUCUAUUUGUCCGGCGACAAGGAACGUCUGAAGCUGCGGCGAGACUCGGUAAUGCCCCGGGGACGCUUCACCGCCGAGAUGUGGCUGAAGGCCGAGGGAGGGCAGAACAACCCGGCUAUCGUGGCAGGGGUCUUUGAUAAUUGCUCCUAUUCACUCAGUGAGAAGGGUUGGAAGAUUGGCAUUCAAUCAUUAGAAUAUUCCGGAAGGAAGGAUCCUCGCUUCUUCUUCUCUCUCCGCACAGACAGAGCCAGAAAAGCCACCACCAUCUUUGCCCACCACAAUUACCAUCCCAACUCUUGGACUUACCUAGCUGUCUCUUACGAUGGUCGGCAGAUGCUGCUUUAUAUCAAUGGAGCCAGAGUUGGGGCCAGCACCGGGCAGUCCGGGAAUCUACACAGUGCGUUCAUGAGUUCUUGCCGGACGCUACUGAUCGGCGGGGACAGCUCCGGAGAUAGGCAUAAUUUCCGUGGUUACCUGACCAGCUUUAACCUGUGGAGAACCGUGAAGUCUCAGGCUGAAUUAGUGAAGAGCUAUCACCAAAGUAUGCAAGAAAGAGAUUCCUCCUUGGUUUUGGUGGCAGAUUUCUCCAGGAUGGAAGAACAAUGGAUUCCAAAUAAGGACUCCCGUUAUCCCAUCCGCAACAUAGUACUUAUACCAGAGCCAGAGUUAGCAUCUCCCUUGACUCCUCCACCAUGUGGGCUGACAGUUUGUGACAAUAUUGAUGUUAUCAAGAACUACAACAGUUAUUGGCCACUAAGGGGAGAGAAGCUGAUACGCUACCGAGUGAUUAACAUUUAUGAUGAUAAGCAGCAAAACCCCACAGUAACAAAACAGCAGAUUGAGCUCCAACACCAAGCACUGAACAGGGCCUUCAGCAGGUAUAACAUAACCUGGGAUCUCACUGUCACUGAGAUCCUCAACUCGACCAUUCGGAACCGAGUCGUCCUGGUCAACUGUGAGACGAGCAAAAUUGGGAAUGAUCACUGUGACCCCGAGUGUGAUCACCCCAUGACUGGCUAUGAUGGUGGGGACUGUCGAUCCAUGGGAAAGUGCUAUCUGUGGAAGAGGCGGGAUGGGAUCUGCAACAUGGAAUGCAACAACAUGGUGGAUGAUUUUGAUGACGGUGACUGCUGCGAUCCCAUGUUUACCGAUGUGCAGAAAACUUGUUUUGACCCUGACUCUCCAGAAAGGACCUACAUGAGUGUGAAGGAACUGAAGGAGACGCUGCAGAUCGAUGGUUCCAUGCAUCUGAACGUCUAUUUUGCCAGUUCGGUGCGGGAGGAGCUGGCAGGUGCUGCUACUUGGCCCUGGGAUAAAGAAGCCGUGACUUCUUUGGGUGGGGUUGUCCUGAGUCCAACCUACUAUGGAAGACCUGGUCACACCAACACUAUGAUCCAUGAGCUUGGCCAUAUUCUUGGCUUGUAUCAUGUUUUCAAAGGAGUGAGUGAGAAAGAGUCAUGUGAUGACCCUUGUAGGGAGACUGUCCCAUCAAUGGAAACUGGAGACCUGUGUGAAGACACUGCACCGACUCCUAAGAGCAAAGUCUGUCGUGAUCCAGAUCCAGUGAAUGAUACAUGUGGUGAAGUGCAAUAUUUUGGCACACCUUUCGCUAACUACAUGAGCUACACAGAUGAUAGCUGCACUAAUAACUUUACACCAAACCAAGUGGCCCGUAUGCAUUGUUACAUAGACCUGGUGUAUCAAGGCUGGAUGUAUUCUAAAAAACCUGCACCCAUUUCAGUGGCUCCAGAGGUGAUUGGACAGACUCCGGACUCUGUAGCUAUUCACUGGCUGCCACCAAUCAGUGGGAUGCUUUAUGAAAGAGAGGAGGGCACAUUGUGUGGAGAUUGUGAUGAAGAUGGAAAAUUCUAUCAGUACGCGCACGCAGCCUCGUCACCUCGUGUCUGUGAUGCAUCAGGCUACUGGACUCCUGAAGAGGCAGUGGGAUCUCCUGAUGUGGAUGAGCCUUGUGAACCCAGCCUACGGGCAUGGAGCCCUGAGCUUCACGUUCACCGUAUGAACAUGACGGUGCCUUGUCCCCAGCCAGAAGGCUGCAUGCUAGAUGUACGUUUUGCCUACCCUGUCAUCGCCAAAUCUCUCUCUAUCUGGGUGACCUACCUGUCUACUGGUUUGGAAGGGGGCAUCUCUUCCAUAAAUCUCGUGACUGAUGACAAAGAGGAAAUCCAUCUAGGGAGUGGAUACCAUACUUUCUGCAACAUCCCACUCACUGUCCAAGUCAACAUCAAAAGGAAAGUGGCUGGCAUGAAAAUCUAUACCUUCGAUGAGAAGUUGGAACUGGAUGCUGUGCUCUUGACUUCAAGGUCUCAGGACCCCUUGUGCACUGUGUGUAAACCCCUGAAGUAUAAGAUUGUAAGGGAUCCUCCAUUUCAGAAGGGUCGAGUAUUGACUGUCACGCAGAAGGAAAGAACAUUCACCGACUGGGAGGUUGUUCCAGGCCGAGUUUACAGCUAUCAGGUGAAGGUGGCAGCCAGAUCUUCAUCCAGUGCACUGACCCCACCUCUGACAUACAUGCAUGGUAGUCCCUUCUGUGGAAAUCAGAAAGUGGAAAAGGAUCUUGGUGAAGAAUGUGAUGAUGGUAAUUUGUUAGAUAAUGAUGGCUGCUCAAGAAAGUGUCAGAAAGAGGAGAAGUUCAACUGUGUGGGGGAGCCGAGCCUCUGCUACAUGUACGAUGGAGAUGAGGUCUGCGAAGAAUUUGAGAAAAAUAUUAGUAUUCGUGACUGUGGCUUUGUCACACCUAAAGGCUUCAGUGACCAAUGGGCAGCAGGAGCCUUGGCCUCCCACCAGGAUGAGAGAAAGUGUCCAGUUCAAGUGAUCCCAGGACAACCUGACAUAUCAAAAGUUUGUCAGACAGAACUUCUGGAUGAGACUGCUGGACUGUCCCAGUAUGCCUGGUUUCCAUGUACUGUUCCCUUCUACACAGAUAAUAUCCAAGACUUCAACAAACCUUAUUCCUACCACAGUUCAGAUGAUGAUGAAAACAUCUGGCUUAAGGUCUUCUUUGAUCACCCCGGUGUGGCCAGAUCGAUUCUACUUUACCUCUCUGCAGAUGGAACAACAUUCUUUGAUCAACAGCGUAAAUUGAUUAAAGUCCAGCUCAUUGACACCAAUGGACGCAACCACAGUUUGGGUACUUAUGAAUUGAGUUGCAAGAGGAAUCCUUUAAUCAUAAAUGUGACUUCCAACAUUGACGUCAGCUUCUAUAAGACAGCAUCGGUUCUGCUAAAUAUGUCCUCACCACUUGUGGCUAUUUCUGGGGUGGCUCUGCGUACCUACAAUCAUUUCAAAUUUGCCAUUACAUCCAAUUGUCGAGAACGAGAAGGAUGCAAGGACCACAAACAAAGCUGUGCUUCAUGUUCUUGUGAUCAAGACUGGUGUGAAACUUUAUCAGUGCCUCAUGCAGCUGUGAACUGUGCUGUGGAUAGCAGUGAGCAAAUGGAAUGUCACGUGACCUGUGCGAGAGGAUUAUCAUUGAAGUCUGUGUGUGGCAAGUAUCUUAGCCCUCUACAGACAAAGGUUUCUUUGAUCUGCAAGCAUGGAAAGUGGGAUGGAGCUGUGACCUGUGAACCCAUUGACUGUGGAAUUCCUGACCAGUCACAUGUAUACCAUGCCAGUUUUUUUUGCCCUGAAGGCACCACUUUUGGAAGCCAAUGCAUCUUCUCCUGCAAUCCACCAGCAAUACUGCAAGGUAAUAACUUCUCCCUGAAGUGCAUGGAAGAUGGCUUGUGGUCCUUGCCUGAAGCCUACUGCAAGGUGGAGUGCCAUGCCCCUCCACCAGUUCCUAACGCUAGAUUGCUGGUACCAAGAUGCCUGCAAGGAGCUCAUGACAUCGGUUCUAUCUGCAGAUACAAAUGCAACCCUGGCUACUAUGUACAUGUGAACAGUGACAAACGAUCCAGGAAGAAGUUUCUGAAGCUGCAGUGUUUGGAAGGAGGAUAUUGGGAAGAAGGUAGCUGUAAUCCUGUGUUCUGUGACCCACCUCCCCUAGUCUUCCAGGGAAUGUACAGCUGCACCAAUGGCUUUCAGUUUGAUAGCCGCUGCAUUAUUACUUGUUAUGACCACACUAAAAAGGGUCCAGUUCGUUGCACUAAAGAUGGCACAUGGACAGACAACUUUAACUUAUGUGACGUGGUGCAUGGAGACUGCCUGCCUCCUCCAGAACUAAAUUUGGUGGAGUAUCUUUGUGCCGAUGGCCACGCAAUAGGUUCUGAGUGCAUUCCGUCUUGUGUGUUACCUCCCAGUGAUGCCGUGGUUUUGCCCAGCAAUAUAACUGCAGAUACAAUAGAGCACUGGAUGGAACCACCUAGAGUGCAGAGUAUUGUGUGCACAGGACUGCUGAGAUGGUAUCCAGAUCCCCACCUCGUCCAUUGUAUUCAGUCAUGUGAGCCUUUUCAAGCUGAUGGUUGGUGUGACAAAAUCAACAAUAGAGCGUACUGUCAGUAUGAUGGAGGAGACUGCUGCCCGUCAACGCUCUCUUCCAGAAAGGUAAUUCCCUUUGCUGUUGACUGUGAGGAAGAGGAUGAGUGCACUUGCCGUGAUCCCAGUGCUGAGGAGAACAUUCAGAAGAAAACGCAACAUGGAUUUCACUAGUGUGGAAGACAAAUAGAUAAUGCAUCAUCCAGCCAGGAGCAUUUUGGUCUUGGGCCAGCAGUAAUGUCACAAACAUGUUACUUUGUUCAAAGAAAGCAGGAAUUACAAGGGCAAUAGUUUUUUUUCUGUGAAUUAUGGAUGUUGCUGUGAUGAAUACAUUGAAUUAUCUUUAUAAUGGACAUGGAUUAUAUUAAUUCAGCAGUUUUACUCAGACAUCUAGAGGCUAAACAAUGAAGGAGUAAGACUGUUACUGUGUCAGGAGUUUAUGUGAGAUACAGCAUAAACUUUCUAAUUCAUUCAUGUUCCUGCUGUAUUCACUCAACUUAUUCCAUCUCCCCUUUCCACUACAGCCCUUUGAUUCCCAGGAUUUCAGUGCUGUCAGACUCCCUACCUCGAAUAGUCCACCUCAGUCUCUUUACAGUCAUUCCUGCUGAAUUACAUCAUCUCUCUUCUGAUUCCAAGCCCACUCACUGCCAACAUUCACUUAAGCUAGAGGAACGGGGACUAGCCAAUAAUGUCAUGAGCUGUUCUGAAUAUUGAUUGGUAACAGCAAUAUCAUUAUUCUAUUGGUGUAAUGAAUACAAAACAGAGAGAAGCCUUUUUCGCCAACCUGGAGCACACUUAACCAGCACUAGUAAAUCUAUAUUUAUAUUUAAUACAAAAUUCAAGAGUUAUUUGGUUGCAGCUAAAAUGGGCUGGGAAAGGCUAUUGAGUAGCAUGUUCGACAUUCUACAUUAAACUGGGAAAGCGACUUUGAAAUCAAUAAAUGAAUUAAAACCUUCCCAAAACUGUGGGCCACACUCGUAUUUGCUCUGCUUAGGCUGUAUGAAGACAGUCUGACUGAAAGCCAUGGCUUUGUUCACGAGUAUAAUUAACUCAUUAGCUUCUUACUGUAUACUUAUGCUCUUAGUGUUUCAGUUUUAGAGCCUUUUGAUUGUAUAAGCAGAAUGAGAAGCAGCCAACCACUUCAAACUGAGCAGAUUUGAAAAUGGAAGAGGUUAAAGCCAUAGAAUAAUGUAACAGAGAAGGAACCCAUUCAGUUUAUUGUACAUGAGCCAACACUUUGAUUGAAAUAUCCUCUUAUUCUCUGAACUGUUCUACAUUCACAGCCGUGCAAAUUCCCUCCUCUUCGAAUAUUUAUUCAAGUUCUUUCAAAUUUGCUUCUUUACAGUCAGCAGAAUGUAGAUCACAACAGCUCACUGCAAGUUGUUUUAGGUCGUCUCAGGUUAUUUGAAUGUGUGUUCUUUUUACCACCAGUGCAAACAGCUUCUCUUUGUUUACUGCAUUAAAACUAUUCACAAUUCUGAACACUUCUAUCAAAUCUCCUCCUGACUUCCCCCAGGCAGAACCUCACCAAUCUCUACAGCAACCAAAGUCCUUCAUUCCUGGUUCUAUUUUGAAUAGAUUUUUUUCUGUAACCUGUUCAAGUCUUUGGCACAGUACUUCACUGAGACUUCACUGGCAGUUUAUAAAGGAGUUCAUAACUUAUUUUUUGUGACUGAUCUCUGAAAUCAUAUAGCAGUUUGUAAAAGCUUGUGAUUUUAUUUGUCUACCAUCAUUAUUUGCAUACAUGAACUCUAGUGCUUUGUUCUCAAACUCUGCUUGAAAAUGUAGUAUUUGCUUUAUCUUGUCUUAUUCUUCAGAAUUGCGAAAACUGAAAAUGAAAGAACAGGGAUUUGGGGCUAAUGAAAAAUUGGAAAAGUGAGACUGCUAACCAUGUUAUAGGAGCAAAAUUAGGUCAUUCGGCCCAGUGAUCUGCUCUACCAUUUAAUCAUGGAUAACUUUUGUUUUAAUCCCAUUCUUCCACCUUGUAACACUUAACCCCCUUACCAAUCAAGAACCUAUCCAUUAAAUACAGCUAUUAUCAGAACACUGAUACUGUCCUGUCAUCUUCCUGUUGGACUUGCAGCUCCUCUUAAGGUAAACUGUGUUUCACAACUUGAGGUAGAAUACUGCAUCAAUAUUACGGAGGUCCAUUCAACAGUGUGAUAUCAGAAAGGCAGGGCACAUAAAAUCCCAGUGGGCCUUGGAGAUCAGUGUGGCAACGCACAUGAGCAAGUUAAGAAUUCCAAAACCAACAAACAAUGUGCGGGAUGUUUACCCAUCCUAUAUGGUAAAAAAAAGGAGAGAAAACUGGGGGUAAUUCAUAUGAAGACUCAAUUGAAAAAGUGCACUAUGUAUAUGACCCAGCCGACAUUGGGGAUUUUAUCAAUGCAGUGCAAACAUCAAGUCAUUUUAAGGGGUAGACAUUCAUAUUUCCUGCAUGCUUCUAACAAACACUUAGGAUGAAAUAUCCCUCCAGACCAACAUCACUAAAUUCUUUGAGGAUGAUCCAGAUUAUGAUCACUUAAUCUAAUUUAUGAUGGCAAUGGCAUCUAUGACUGGAGAGCACGUGUAAAACUCACUUGGAUUUAGGCCAGCAAUUAGCUGCUUCCAAUCACUAAUAGCAGACACAGGCAUUACAGUUUUCCCAAAGGACUGGACAGUACACUCAGUCUCAGUGUAGAGCAUACAGUGAUUUGUAGAACUACUUCUAUCUUUGCUGCAGAUUGGCAAAACCUUCAAUUUAAUUCUUGUUUUUAAAUUUCUUCAGAAGUUUGUUGUGGUCACUGAACCUCCUGUAGACUUACAGCCCUUCAAUAAUGUAGAUCUUUUCCAAUUAUCAUGUGGCUGCCCAAUUUCCUUUGCAUUAUUAUCAGUUACUGGCCCUAAGUUUCCUCACGUAAGCCACCUUUAUUACUUCUUAUUUUCUCUGACUGAGCUUCUGAUCAUCAGUUCUAAUAUCGAUGUGACUCAUUUUCUAAGUUUUACUAUAUUGAAGAACUCUGUAUAUAUAAUUGUUAUUGUAAUUUCACCCAGAUUAAUCAAUAAUGGAUAAUAAUAUAUAGCCAUUUUAGUUUUCUUUCUAGCUUGCCACUUUUAUGACCUUUUCAUCUGCUGCUAUGGGUAUGAUCUUCACUAGGAGGGAACAAUAAUGUGUCUCUGGCUGCAAUCUAUUUGCUGAAGGGUUGGUGGAGUUAAAACUAACUUGAAUAGCUGAUAUCUGGCUGUAGGUACAACUAGACAAGAUUCAGAGUUCUGGAUGUAGAGCAAAAGACGAGUCUUUAAACAAGGGCUAAAAAGUUAAUUUUGAAUUGAAAUACAACUGUCCUGCAAAGAUUACCUACAUUCAUUGUUAAACCCUCCUUUCCUGCAAACUUAAGCACAAUUAUCUUGGAAUAUACUGCAUAUUAAGAAUAUGAAAAUGCUUGUGAAAAUGCUGUUGCUCUUUUUGAAUCUGUGUUUAAAGAUGGUGCUUUUGGAUAGUUUUGCUUAAGAGGACACAAAAGAAAUGCAAUAGAAAAGGCCACAAUGGAUCCACAAUUACGUCACCGACAUGUGAAUGCAGAGAGCUAUGUUUCCUGGUUAAAAUAAUUUAUCAGUUGACUUCCCUACACCUUUUGAUCAUAAUCAUAUGCAAACAUCCCAACAAUAGUUCAUGUUGGUAAGUUGGAUUCAUUCCUUCUUUAUGUCCUAUAUUAUAACAGAAAGAUGAAGCAUUAAACUUUACCCGUGCUUAGGUCAUGCAGAAUGUCACAACAAAGUCCAGUUAUUUUACUAAAAUUCCUUAAAGUGAAAUUGAAAAUGUUUUGAUUGUUGUUCUAUUCUUAGCCAGAGUGGUGUGGCCUGGAGAUAUUGCUAUCCUCUGGGGCUUGGAAAUGGACUAAAACAAAAAUAUUAAUUUUAAGAUCUAAACAUUUACAUCUAUUGGUAAGAAACUAAUCAAUUUUGAAGUGGUUGCAAUCCUUUCAGACUCUACCCACCUCUUCAGGGCUUGUUUUCUUAAGCAGCUUGGCACCAUGGACCUCUGUGGUUCAUGGUUAGAGUCAAGCAAGAGAGGUUAACUCUCUGAAGAAAUCAAAUCCAGAUGAGUCUGCACCUGCAGUCGGAGGCAAUUGGAAAAACAAAAUAGUAAUUGCUAAUGGAAUUUUCACCUGAAACUGCCAUGAAUUCAUUUUCUUUCUGUCCAUGUUCACACAAUGAUAAACUAUUGCAUGGUUUGAUCUGUUGUGAAUGGAAAUAUGCAAGUGCAGUUUAUAGGUUUUUACAGAGUUGAGGAAAAAUUAGACAGUGGGUUGAUUUCAUAACAUUUGUCCAUUGAAAUAUGGGAAGAGCAGAAUGGGACAAGGGCAUAAUCUGGUCAAAGUGUUAGAGAACGUGAAAGCCUAUAAAUCACAUGUUGUAUCAAUAGAAGUAUUUUUGGGAUGAACUUCAAUUGGUCACCCAAAAUUUUAAUUUAGCCUGCUGAGAAGAAGCUUGUUACAGCUUUUCCAUUAGAGGCUGUAAACAAAUAAUGCAAGGUUUAGUAAGAAGCUGUUGUACUGUUCAAGAAACUUCUUAAAGAGCUCUUGUUCAAAUAUUGAACAACAAGAUGAAUCAUUCAAUGUAUUUUGUGUGUUUGUACUUCACUCAGAAAUACAAUCACUCUGCUCAUCUUCAGCAGACUCUUCCACUUGGAGUAUUCUUUAAUGUCUUUUAAUGGUUGCUGCUCACUUAUGACUUUUGUGUAAGUAAUUUUCUUGUUUGACUAUUGUAAUACAUAUGUACAAGACUGUAUUCAGUGUUGUUUAUCCAGUCAUUAAAGGAACAAAAUGUACCUUGUUGACAUAUUAUACCACGCCUAAUAUUGGAAAACUGCUUUGUGAUAGGAUGACAAAAGCAUACUGUAUCUCAUAAGUAAUGUAGGUAGUGCCUGUGACUCCCUCCAAACCCAACCCAAUAAAGGAAGCCUAUAGGCCAAUUUUCCAAGAGAACUGAGUGGGAGAUCCUGGGGAUGUCACUUUGGAUGCUUUGUUCAUAUAUCUAUCCUCAGACAUUUCUGAUGGCAAAGGUGGAAAAGAAAAAUAACAACUCAAUCCAAAAAAACACCACAUGCACAUAUAAGUAAGAAAGCUGCUUUGCUCAAACUUUCAAUAGAAACUGACAAUCUAGACCAGGUGGACCUGUGAUGAUUCUCACAUUCUGAUGGUUGGUCUAAGUAGAUGCAGGUAAAACUUCAUCUACAUCACUGGGGUCACCACUCAAAGGCAUCACCUCUCUCUUGCUGACUGGGACCCACUUUAAGUGGAAGACAGUCACACUGCAUUGGUAUAGACCUGGUGCAUAACACUCUCCAAUGCACUCUUUUAUGCUGCUGAUUUUCUCUGUGACAAACUGGAACUCAACUCACUGCUGAAAGAUUUCUUUACUGAUUGGAUGGCCAAUGAACAUUGUACAUGUCAAAUAUUUUAAGCAUUUUUCUUUCAACGCUUGAGAAACAGUCUUACGGUUUUAUUCUGUGUAUAAAAUUAUAAAAAAUAAA